AUGACGGAAAAGCCAGUAAUUUCACAGUAUAUGAGGGAUAAAGCGAGCAGGACAAGGCUCGCCAUCGAAUCCUUUUAUGCUCAAACAGUUACACAAGCCGUCGAGCGUGAUUCUCGGGCUAAAAAACUUGAGGAGAAAAUGGCUGCUGAAGGCAUUAGCGAAGACGAGAAGGAAGAGCGCCGAAGAGUUCAGCAUUCCAAGGAAACUGACUUUCUCCGUUUAAAACGAACUCGUUUACUGGUUACAGAUUUCGAGAGUCUUAAGGUUAUUGGUCGAGGAGCAUUUGGAGAGGUCAGGUUAGUGCAGAAAAUUGACAGUGGUCACAUUUAUGCAAUGAAAAUUUUGCGAAAAAGUGAAAUGUUGGAGAAGGAGCAGACUGCCCACGUGCGUGCUGAGAGAGAUAUAUUAUCUGAAGCUGAUUGUGAAUGGGUUGUGAAAAUGUACUACUCGUUUCAAGAUUUUGUUAACCUGUAUCUUGUAAUGGAAUUUUUGCCUGGAGGCGAUAUGAUGACUUUGCUGAUCAAAAAGGACACACUUAGUGAAGAGGCGGCGCAAUUUUAUAUCGCUGAAGCUGCUCUCGCCAUUCAGUUUAUCCACAAUCUCGAUUUUAUUCAUCGUGACAUCAAACCUGACAAUCUUCUUUUGGAUGCUAGGGUAUUCCAGCACAGUAUAUUGUAUAACAGCCUUCGUAGUAAUCAUUUUAAGGGCCAUGUGAAACUUUCUGAUUUUGGAUUAUGCACAGGAUUAAAGAAAAUCCAUCGCACUGAGCACUACAGAAAUUGGCCAUCCCAACUGCCUCCUGACUUUGUUUCAAAACCUGUAGAGUCCAAACGUAAGGCUGAAACUUGGAAAAAGAACCGUAGAGCAUAUGCGUACUCCACUGUUGGAACCCCUGACUAUAUUGCACCAGAAGUGUUCCAACCAAACGGAUACACGAAAAGUUGCGAUUGGUGGAGUCUAGGCGUCAUACUUUACGAAAUGCUUAUCGGUUAUCCGCCGUUCUGCUCCGAAACUCCUCAAGAAACAUACCGAAAGGUUGUGAACUGGCAACAGACGUUAGUAUUCCCACCCGAGAUGCCCAUUAGUGUUGACGCAAAAACAACAAUCAAGCGUUUCUGUUGCGAGCCCGAAAGGCGCAUGGGUCACAAUGGAGGUCUUGAGGAAAUCAAGCAGUGCAUCUUCUUCAGAAGGAUUGAUUGGAAUCACAUUAGAGAACGCCCAGCACCUAUACGGGUUGAGGUAAAAAGCAUUGAUGACACUAGCAACUUUGACGAUUUCCCGGAGGUUGACAUGAAAUGGCCUGUUGAAACACCACCUCAGAAAGGGAAGCCUGAAGAACAGCCUGGACAUCGCGGCGAGUUCGUUGAUUUCACUUACAAGCGUUUCGAUGGUCACACGCAGAAAAUGCGUUACAGUGAAAUGAGUAAGCAGUCGCGAGCUCAUGGUGCACCAGGUGAGGGAACACAGACUGCAGUUUAG